AAGAACUCUGGCCUCGGAACCCGCUGCCCGCCGCGCAUCUCCCAAUAAACACUAACAUCCCUAAAGGCCAUCCGAGCCGGGGCUCUGCUGGGAAGUCAUCCUGGCCCAACUCGAUCUUCUGAGCUCUCGGAGAUUACUGCAUCUUUCUUCGUAGCGCAGAGACGUGAGCCUGGAAAGGGAAGGAGAGGGCGAGAACACCUCCCAUCCAAAUAAAUAAAUAAAUAAACUGGCUUCUCGCCGCAGCUGGAAACGGUCGAUUGAGCCCAGGUUGGGUCGGACCUGAACCCCUAAAAGCGGAACCGCCUCCCGCCCUCUCGCCAGCAGCCCGCCCGGAGCUGAGUCGCCGGCGGCGGUAGCGGCGGACGGACCGGGGAGUUUCUUCUCGCAUUGGAUGGAGCUGAACUUUGGGCGGCCAGAGCAGCGCGGCCGUCCGGGGAUCGCUGCACGCUGAGCUCCCUCGGCGAGACCCAGCGGCAGCUCUGGAUUUUCGGGGGGGCGGGGACCAGCUGCGCGCCGGCACCAUGUUCUUGGCCACCCUGUACUUCGUACUGCCGCUUCUGGACGUGCUCCUGUCGGCCGAGGUCAGCGGCGGGGACCGCCUGGACUGCGUGAAAGCCAGCGAUCAGUGCUUGAAGGAGCAGAGCUGCAGCACCAAGUACCGCACGCUCAGGCAGUGCGUGGCGGGCAAGGAGACCAACUUCAGCUUGACAUCGGGCCUGGAGGCCAAGGACGAGUGCCGCAGCGCCAUGGAGGCCCUCAAACAGAAGUCGCUUUAUAACUGCCGCUGCAAGCGGGGUAUGAAGAAGGAGAAAAACUGUCUGCGCAUCUACUGGAGCCUGUACCGGAGCCUGCAGGGAAAUGAUCUGCUUGAAGAUUCCCCAUAUGAACCAGUUAACAGCAGAUUGUCUGAUAUAUUCCGGGUAGUCCCAUUCAUACCAGAUGUUUUCCAGCAAGUGGAGCACAUCCCGAAAGGGAACAACUGCCUGGACGCCGCCAAGGCCUGCAACCUAGACGACACCUGUAAGAAGUACAGGUCCGCGUACAUCACACCAUGCACCACCAGCACGUCCAACGACGUCUGCAACCGGCGCAAGUGCCACAAGGCCCUCCGGCAGUUCUUCGACAAGGUCCUGGCCAAGCAUAGCUACGGGAUGCUCUUCUGCUCCUGCCGGGACAUCGCCUGCACCGAGCGGAGACGGCAGACCAUCGUGCCGGUGUGCUCCUAUGAGGAGAGGGAGAAGCCCAACUGCUUGAAUUUGCAGGACUCCUGCAAGACGAAUUACAUCUGCAGAUCUCGCCUGGCGGAUUUUUUUACCAACUGUCAGCCAGAGUCAAGGUCUGUCAGCAGCUGUCUAAAGGAAAACUACGCUGAUUGCCUCCUCGCCUACUCGGGGCUUAUUGGUACAGUCAUGACCCCCAACUACAUAGACUCCAGUAGCCUCAGCGUGGCCCCCUGGUGUGACUGCAACAACAGUGGAAACGACCUGGAGGAGUGCUUGAAAUUUCUGAAUUUCUUCAAGGACAACACAUGUCUUAAAAAUGCAAUUCAAGCCUUUGGCAAUGGCUCAGAUGUGACCGUGUGGCAGCCAGCCCUCCCAGUUCAGACCACCACUGCCACCACCACCACAGCCUUCCGGGUCAAGAACAAGCCCCUGGGGCCAGCAGGCUCUGAGAAUGAAAUCCCCACUCAUGUUUUACCACCUUGUGCAAAUUUACAGGCACAGAAGCUGAAAUCCAAUAUGUCGGGAAGUCCACACCUCUGUCUUUCUGAUCGUGAUUACGAAAAGGAUGGUCUUGCUGGGGCUUCCAGCCACAUAACCACAAAAUCAAUGGCUGCCUCUCCAAGCUGCAGUCUGAGCCCACUGCUGGUCCUGGUGGUAACUGCCCUGUCCACCCUAUUAUCUUUAUCUUUGGCUGACACAUCGUAGCUGCAUUUAAAUACAAUAUGGACAUGUAAAAAGACAAAAACCAAGUUAUCUGUUUCCUGUCCUCUUGUAUAUCUGAAAUUCCAGUUUUAGGAACUCAGUUGAGACACUGCUAAAACAGUUUCAUCCAACUGGAACUUUUUUCUUUCUUUUUUCUUUUUUUUUUCUAAGAAAGCUUCUUGUGAUCCUUAGGGCUCAUAUGGGAUCCCCGAUACAGUGCUACAUUCCAAACUCAGAAGGCUUUGGGGCAUGCUGUAUUGUAAGGGGACAGUUUGUUGAUUUGGCUGUAAAGCAUACUGGGGCCAUGUUUUUCAAGAGGACGAUGAGGAUGGUGAUUUUAACAAUUUAACUCUGGCCUUCACUAGCUAGAGAAGGAGUUAGUAUUUCUAAAGAAUCUUCCAUAUCUCAUGUAAUAGGUUUUAUUUCUGAUGACAUGACUGCAGCGGUACAUGGAUGCCAGGUUUUUUUUGGUCACAAAGUGAAGAUCCUCAUCAAGACAAUCUUGAUGGACUUUGUGCAAACAGGCUUGUACCAAUGUUCACUUUUCUAUAUGUACUAGUAUUUUCCGUGCUAAGUUUAUGUACUCUAAACAGUUCUGCACUCUCCUACAAAAACAAAAAAUACC